AUGCCAGCGAUAUCUGAUGCUGAGUUUCAGAGCAUAUCUGCUCUUGUAAAAUCUUUGCUUAACACACAGCUGAAAUCGAUUCUACGUCAUGAGCACCUUGCUGUGUCAGGGGUGAAAAAUACCCUACAAUUUAGGGUACUCAACCAUUUGCAGCAGAUAUCCGUAAAUCCAACCGAGUUCGAACGACUGAAAAGAUAUAUCUACUAUGUUGCCCAACACCCGAUGCCAUCCACCCCUACUCUUUCUCCACCCUCAUAUUCGCAACCUCCCCAGUCCGCCCCCCAGCCAUUACCGACUCACAGGCCUCCGUUUUCUACGACGAUGACGCCCUCUCGUUCCGUCGCUGGUGGUCGUUUGAGUUUCAAAGAGAGUCCCUUUUACACUAUUCUUGAGCCUCUGUCAUCAGUGGUUGAAUGCAAAGUUCGCGAAAAUACCAGAGACACGGUAGAAGCUAUGGUCAAAUUAAGUGAGAAUAUAGUUGCCCGACUGCAGAAUGAACCGGAUUUACGAGUUAUGGUUUACUGCGCUGCAGAUAAUGGUUUAAACCAAUAUUCAAGAUCUGAUAUUGCUUUCCCCCACCAAGUUGAAUUAAAGAAAUUUUACCUAGUUGUCAACCUCGUUAGGAAACAUUCGGUUGACGAACUUGUGCAAAAACUUCAAAAUAGGACAGUUAUCUCGGCUGAACAAGUCAUUAGAGAGAUGAAAGCGAAAGCCGAAGACGCCGACAUUGUGGCAACAUCGAGUGUCAUGUCAUUGAAGUGUCCCUUGUCGACACUGCGUAUCACCGUUCCCUGUCGAACACUUCUGUGUACACACAAUCAAUGUUUCGAUGCUGCAUCAUUCCUCCAACUACAAGAACAGGCACCCACAUGGACUUGCCCUGUCUGUAACAAAUCUACUUCCUUUGAAGGUCUUCAGAUCGAUAAAUAUGUUGAUAACAUUCUCCAAGCGACAUCCCCUAACACUGAGCAAGUCACUAUUGAACCAAAUGGAGAUUGGUCCAAACCUGAAGAUAGUGCAGCCGAAAUUCAAGGCCCCACUCCUACUGGGGAUGAUGAUGAAGACUUGGUGGAAAUCCCUGAUUCCCGUCCUUUAUCUCUAAAACAAGAACCUACCCCAUUCCAAAUGCCUAUACAGUCGUCCAUCACUCCGACGCGAUCCUCACGAGAGCCAUCAUCAGUCUCAUCAGCAGCACGCCCUUCAACCAACAAACGUACAGCAAGCCAGAUCAUCGAUUUGACAGGUAGCGAUGACGAGGAACCACCCCGCCCGGCGAAACGGGUGGCUUACAACAACGGACCUCUCAACGGAUUUCGGAGACAGAGCUACGAUUAUCGUGCGAAUGGGAAUUAUAAUAGCACCCAGUCUCCUCGUUCGAACUCCUAUGGCACUUAUUGA